AUGUCGGUCGGCAUUGAUGUGCCAGUCGCUCAUCAUCUCGUUAUCGGCACUUCGAAUUCAGCACCUCCAGCUCAGUACCACACAUACAAACAGGCUCCCGCAAUCAUGCUUCCAAUUCAGCUCACUCAUGCUUUGCUGGCAAUACUUCCUUUGACAGUAGCUUUGCCUGCUGGUGCUGACGGCAUCGAAGAAUUCAAGGCAUACAGUUUCGAGCCCUUGCAAUGGAAGGUUCCAGCAUCUCCUGGAGGUCCCCUUGUGAAGAUGAAUGGCACGGUGCAGGAGGUCAUUGCACAACUUCGCGAGUUGAACCCUCACUUUGACGAGUCGUCUGAGUCUGGCCACGACACUCUACAGAAAAGGCUUGACUUCACUGGUGCUAUUUACCACUGUCAUCAACCCUGGAAUUCUGGCUACAGGGACAUAGUUGAGGAUGGUAUAACCUAUCUUCGAAAAGUAGGUGGCGUUCCUAACGCCGGACCGGGUCCAGCCAGUUGUGCAAGAGUCAGUUGCAGCUACAAUGGAGCUAUCGUCUGGUGCAACGAUAACCCAGAGCCCAAGACCUUGUUCUCAUUCGGCUCUAUCGCCGACGGCGCCCAGUUCCUUGUAAACAAUUGCAAAUUGAGAUCUCCUACUGACACGGAUAUUGGAGGCCGCGUAUUCCAUAACACAGGCUGGAAUGUCGCUGUGGAACGUGCCGAUUGCUGA